AUGAAGCGAACGCCAUUGAUAAUUUCACAUAUCCAACGAUUCUUUUAUAAUACAUCAACUCAUUCAAUUGUAAGGAAACAUCAAAAUGUUAAUGUUUCAUUUUUAGGAACCUCUAGCUCACAGAUAUCUUUAAAUUAUUGCUGGAAAUGUGGAGCAGAACGAAAGGGGUCUAACAUAUUUUGUGAAAAAUGUAACGUUAUACAAGUACCAAAAGAAAAGAGUAAUUAUUUUAAGCUGCUGGAAAUUCAAGAGACUUUUAAUGUUGAUCAAAAGCUUUUAAAGGAGAAAUUUAGGAAUUUUCAAAGUUAUAUACACCCAGAUAAGUUUAGUAAUAGUACUAGUGAAGAGCAAAAUAUAUCAGAAGAAUAUUCCUCUUUGAUCAACAAGGCCUUUAGUAAUCUUCUAUCACCUUUAAAAAGAGCUGAACACUUAUUACAUUUGAGAGGAGAAAGUAUUGCAGAGGGCCAAACUAUUGAUGAACCUGAAUUCUUAAUGAAAAUAAUGGAAUUAAAUGAAGAGAUUGAAGAAGCUGAACACAAUGUAGACAAAUUGAAACAACUAGAUGCACAAAAUAAAAAACAACUGGAUAAAUUAAUUAAAGACAUUGAUGAGCAUUUUAAAAAUGGAAACUUGGAAGAAGCAAAGAAGACUAUUAUUAAAUUUAAGUAUUUUUCUAGUAUUAAUAGCAGAAUAAAUUCAAUAUUUAGAGAAGCUGGAGUGGUUGAUUGA